AUGGUUGAUAAAGAAGAGAAAAAGGAAGAAGAUGAACGGUUCGAAUAUAUUUAUACUUACCUUACGUAUACGAGGAAAUUGAAGGCUGACAGAUGGACAAAAAUGAUAUCAAACGUUGAUUUUAAGGAUCUUAUUACCAAGUUUUUUGGUACACCAUCCGAGAUGAUCCUUGUUUUGCAAUUGACACCAGCUGGUCUCUUGGUGCCUUAUCUAGAAAUAACGCAAUCUAAGAGAAAGCAGACGUACUUCUUGAAGAGGCGACCCCAACUAGUCACCGAGGCUAAUUACAAGGACUUGCUGAUACCGGGUGACAUGGCGCCGAAUCCGAUCGAGGAGUUAGCCGUUCUUGUCGAGGAUGCAUACGUUCCCAUUCUAUCUAAUCCAAGAAAUCACGUUGGCUGGCCGGAAGUCGCACGAGCAGACGUAAAACAGCAAAUAUAUAAUUUACGAAGUAUAAUCUGGCAGGUCAAGGGGAAGAUAACAGGUCAAACGUUGCUUCCGAUGCCAAUGGAUAUCCAAGAUAUUCUCGAACGGGAGCAUUUAUCUCCGAUUGAUGCUAAAACUCUAGAAUUAAAGAGUAAUAUAGAAAAAAUCGUAAUAAAAUGGGCAACUCAAAUUAAUGAGAUUUUAAACGAAGAGUUCACAAAGAAGAAUGGAUCACCCGUGCCAGAACAGUCUGAGUUAAAUUAUUGGAACAUGAGGCUAAAAAACAUGGAGUCACUUUACCGACAGUUGAAAGAUCCGAGAGUAGUCAGCAUGGGCAUCUUUUUGGAACAAAUGGAAAGUCCUUACGCGGAAUAUUUCAAGAAUUUAAUAAAAAAUGUAGCUGCAUCGUUACUCGAAACCAGAGACAUAAAUUUGUACUUGAAACCACUGGAGUUCUAUUUCCGAGAAAUCGAGAGUUCUGAAUUCAAAGAUCUAGGAAUAAAAUUGAAAUCUUUACUGCAUUGUGCUUGCUUAAUGUGGUCGAACUCAAAAUAUUACACUCUGGAAAGAAUGAUCGCCCUGCUACGAGAAAUUUCAAAUUUGCUGAUAUCUCAGUCAGUGAAGUAUAUAAAUCCGUCAACUUUAUUCGAGGGUGACAUUGAGGAGAACAAAGCAAAAAUAUCGGAAGUGAUACCCCUCCUUGAUUUUUAUCAAGACACAUUUCGGAUGUUUAAGGAAAAAAUUGAAAAUUAUUUUAAGGGACCCGUGGAACCUGUACCGUGGGCAUUCCACGAAAAAUUAGUUUUCGAUAGGAUACAGAAGUUUGAAAAAAGACUUAAAGAAAUCCAGUCGUUAUUUGACGUUGUUCUGGACUACUUGAAAUUAGAAAGAAUAGAAAUGGCGGGUUUAAAAGCAAGAUCACUACUUAAUAUGAUCAUCGAAAUUUACGAAGAAUUUAUGAAAUUAUAUCAGUCUUUUGGGGACGUGACUUACGAAGCUCUGUCACCUGAUGAAACUCAGUUUACUAGAGACUUAGAAAAAUUCUUCGUCAAAGUGGAAGAAUUUGAUCGACGUUUAGCAAGUAUUUUUGAACAAGCAUUUGCAGAGUGUCACAAUCUAGAAUCGGCUUUUAAAAUUAUCUGGAUGUUGGGUUCCAUUGCGAAUAGACCUGUAAUUAUGUCUCAGUUGUGGGAUAAUUAUGAAAACGUGGUUGAAAGAAUGGAUAGACAUUUCAGCAACGUAAAGAUAUUGUUCGAUGAAAAUUUUGUGAAGAGAGACCAACGAGCACUACGUAUAGCUGUCAACCAGUAUUUCCCACCAGUAGCUGGUGCUUUGUGCUUGUUAAUGAAGUUACGUGAAAGAUAUCAUUUUCCAAUUGAAUGUGCAAAAUUGUGCGAUCAUCCCCUAAUCACAGCGAAAAUGGAGAGUGAGCUCAAGAGCAAAUAUCAAGAACUCGAAUCGCUCAUCAGUCAAAAGGAGCAGCAGAUUUACAAUGCGUGGGCAGAAACAGUCCCAGAUAUUACGGAGACAUAUUUGUCCAAACCAUUGUUAAGAGUUGGACACGAUAGACAACUGGAAAUGAAUUUCGAUCCUGAACUAACUACUUUGUUGAGGGAAAUUCGUUAUAUGAUUAUAAUGAAGAGGACCGAUCUGUCAGAAGAGGCGAUUAAUUUUUAUAACGGGUCGGAGUUCUACUUCAAGAGCACUUACAAUCUCAAUUUAAUUGUAAAUUGGUACAACAAAAUACGAAGUGAAAGUGUUCCUGUAGAAUUUCAAUUGGUACAAGAAGAAAUCGAAGAAAUUGACAAAUUCAUUGAUUAUGGCCAAGAAAAUUAUAAUUGGAAAUCCAAUGAGGUACCGGAAUACAUAGAUAAUUUGCUGUCGAUGGUUCGGAAAUUGCAUGUACGAGUGUUUCGAGCACAGGAGAACUUGAAGAAUAUUAUGGACAGAUUGUAUACCUGGGCAAUGAUGCCGGUUCUGUAUCGCAAGGACGCGAGGGAUGAAAAUUUAUUGUCAAUCACAGACAAAGAUGAUAAAUUUGAAGAGAGAUACACAGAAAUCAAAGAAACUGCCGAAGAACUGAAACGAGUGUUAGAAGAAAAUUACAAGUUAUAUUUUGAUCUAUUGCCAGAGAAUUUUUAUGAGAAGGACGAGGCAGAGUUUCAGGAUGAUUACCUACUAGAAGAAUCAGAAAUUUUAGAAGAAGUUGUACAAGAAAUGUCAAGUGCAGUGGAGGAGGUGGAAGAGCAAUCACCAGGAGAACAGGAGGAAAUGGUAGAGGAAGAAGAAGUUGAUGAAGAAACGCAAGCACUUCGACGUGAAAAAUGGCAGCCUUAUCUCACCUACGUUGACAAUUUAAUUUCGAAAGGUCUCAUUCAAGCUGUAUCCACAAGUAUUUGCUAUAUACUGGAUGAAACUGAUCCCGAAGGCAACAUGUAUCCUUUAUUCGAGAUACAAUUGUAUUUAGAGAACCCUCGUAUCAGCUUUCGACCGCCACUGGAAAUUGACAAUCCCGAAGGAUUCUACAGCUUCUUCGAAGCGCUUUUACUUGACAUGAUAAAGAUGGGUACACUGAUUCCUCGCGUCGAUCCUCAAAUUGCCGAAGAACAAGAGCAUUACAUGGUUGACCUGACAGAAGAAGAUGGUAUUGUCUUUAUGUUAGAAGAGACUUGCAACAGAGUGAAACUCGCUCUAGCAGAUAUCAAAGAACACGCUCAGAUAUACGAGGUGUUCAGUUGGUUGUGGCUAGACGACAAACAGGAAUAUUUAGACUAUUUUCUUCAAUACGGCCAAUACGUAUCAAUCGAGGAUAGAGAGAUGCUCGCAGAACAUUCAGAUUACGUCCCCGAAAAUUUGAAACCGAAGAAGCCGGAUCUGUCGGAUUUCAAACAGGAAAUUGAUUAUUUCAUGGAUCUGUAUCAUAAAUGCGAUCAAAUGCCGAAUGAACAUAUCGCUUGCCAAUGGCUGAGACUGGAUAUCAAACCGUUCAAGCAGUCCCUUUUAAAUCUCAUUUGCAAGUGGGCUAACAUUCUCAAGGAGUAUUUGCUCAACCGUAUCACCACUCAAUUGGAAGACUUGGUAGAGUUCUUAACAUCAGCGAUGGACAAUUUUUCGCAAUCCAUUCAAGAAGAUGAUUACGACGCGCUUUUAGUCACUAUCUCUUACUUGAAACAAAUAAGAGAUCGACAGUUCGAGAUAGAAGAUAUGUUUGAUCCAAUCAAGAAAACAAUAGAACUUUUACAACAAUACCAAGUGGUUAUAAAUCCGAAAAUUUUCGACUGGUUGACAGAACUGCCUCAUCUGUGGGAAACACUGAAAAAAGUAGCAGCUCAAGUUAAACAAGUCGUUCAGCCUUUAAUGACUCGUCAAAUCGAACUUCUAAAAAAAAGACUGAGCUACUAUGAUUUCAAGCAGCAACGUUUUCUUGAUAAUUUUCAUGAAAACGAUGUUUUCAGUCCCGAAUGUACCGAUCCCUACGAAAAAUUGAAUAAAAUUCGCAAAGAUGUUGUGAAAUUUCUAAGCGAAGAGAAGAAUCUGAAAGAUCAGACUGUCAUUUUUGAACAAGAAAUGCCCGAGUUCAAAGUAAAUCGGCAAGUGCAAAGGGAAAUGCAAUUUCUGAAAACGUUAUGGGAUUACGUGAAUGUAAUCAGCACCAGCUUAAACGAAUGGAAAAAGACCACUUGGAAAAAGAUCGAUGUCGAAUGGAUGGAUCAAGAGUGCAAAAAACUUCUCAGAGAAUUAAGACAAUUGGACAAAGACAUACGCGGUUGGAAAUUGUACGCGGACAUUGAAGCUCAAGUGCGAAACAUGAUGGCGUCGUUAAGAGCAGUCUCGGAAUUGCAGAACCCGGCAAUUAGAGACAGACAUUGGAGAGAAUUAAUGGCAGAAACCCGGGUUACAUUUAUCAUGACUGAUAAUACCACGUUAGAAGACUUACUCAAGCUUGAAUUGCAUAAAUAUGAAGAAGAAGUAAAAAACAUCGUGGCUAAAUCAGUUAAAGAAAUGGCAAUGGAAAAAAUUUUGAAAGAACUUCACGAUACCUGGAGCACACUCGAAUUUGGCAAGGAAAUACACGAUCGUACGAAAUUGAAUGUUCUAAAAAUUGAUGAGGAAACUAUAGAAACUCUUGAAGAUAAUCAGGUUCAACUGCAGAACAUGUUGGGUUCAAAAUUUGUAGGAUAUUUUCUGGAAGAAAUUUUGGACUGGCAAAAGAAAUUAAGUAACGCAGACGCCAUUAUUAAUGCCUGGUUCGAAGUUCAGAGAGCGUGGAUGCAUCUCGAAAGUAUUUUUAUCGGCUCGGAAGAUAUUAGGAGUCAGCUGCCGGAAGAAUCAAAGCGAUUUGAAAAAAUCGACAAAGAUUUUAAAGAACUGUUGAGAGAAAUGCUGAACAAUUUGAACAUAGUAAAAGCGACUAAUCGUCCAAAGCUUUUGGAGAAAUUGGAAGAACUACAGGUUCAGUUGAACGUCUGCGAGAAAGCUCUGGCGGAUUAUUUGGAAACGAAAAGGCUAAUUUAUCCAAGAUUUUACUUUAUUUCUUCGGCUGAUCUUUUAGACAUUUUGAGCAAUGGUAACAAUCCGGAAUUAGUUUGUAAACACUUGUCAAAAUUAUACGAUUCUAUUGCAAAUUUAUUAUGGAAAAUGGAUGGUGACAAGCCGACGAAAACUGCUACGGUAAUGGUUGCCAAGGACGGUGAAAAAAUGACGAUUCAUGGAUUGUGCGAUUGUAGUGGGAAGGUAGAAAAUUGGUUAAACAACGUGACAGAUGCUAUGAAGAAAACAGUUCGACAUCAUAUUUCCCAAGCAGUAAGCAAUUACGAUGAAAAACCGAGAGAGCAAUGGAUUUUCGACCAUCAAGCUCAACCAGCCCUGUGCGGAAGUCAAAUAUGGUGGACGACCGAGGUGAAUAUGGCUUUUCGGAGGCUUGAAGAAGGUUUUGAAAAUGCAUUCAAGGAUUAUCAACGGAAACAAAUCAAUCAGCUCAAUGCCCUGAUUGCGAUACUUUGUGGGGAUUUGGAUCUUAGCGAUAGAAUAAAGAUUAUGACUAUCUGCACUAUUGACGUGCACGCUAGAGACGUUGUCGCAAAGAUGAUCGCAAUGAAAGCGGAGAAUUCUGCUAGUUUUCAAUGGCAAUCUCAACUUAGACACAGGUGGGAUGAUAAAGCUCACGAUUGCUUCGCCGAUAUAUGCGACGCAACUUUUAGAUACAGUCACGAAUAUUUAGGGAACGUCCCGCGAUUGGUGAUAACGCCGUUAACUGACAGAUGCUACAUAACUCUAACGCAAUCGUUGCAUCUUAUAAUGGGCGGAGCGCCAGCUGGUCCUGCUGGAACAGGCAAAACGGAAACCACGAAAGAUCUAGGGCGAGCAUUGGGUCAAAUGGUAUAUGUCUUCAAUUGUUCUGAACAAAUGGAUUACAAGUCUUGCGGAAAUAUUUAUAAAGGGCUCGCACAAGUUGGAGCAUGGGGUUGUUUCGAUGAAUUCAACCGCAUUUCCGUGGAAGUUCUUUCGGUGGUUGCCGUACAAGUGAAAUCGGUUCUAGACGGAGUGAAAAGUGGUAAAUCGACGUUUUUAUUCUUUGGUGAAGAACUGAAUCUUGUUAGUACCGUUGGAAUGUUCAUCACGAUGAAUCCAGGAUACGCUGGAAGAACGGAAUUGCCUGAAAACUUGAAAACUUUAUUCCGGCCUUGCGCAAUGGUGGUCCCGGAUUUCGAUUUGAUUUGCGAGAUCAUGCUGGUAGCGGAAGGUUUUCAGGAAGCUCGAUUAUUAGCAAGAAAAUUUAUAACGCUUUAUCAGCUCUGCCGAGAACUUUUAUCGAAACAAGAUCACUACGAUUGGGGUUUAAGAGCGAUUAAAUCGGUUUUGGUCGUUGCUGGGAAACUGAAAAGGGACGACCCGCAGAGAGACGAAGAUCAGGUGUUAAUGAGAGCGCUUAGAGAUUUCAAUAUCCCAAAAAUUGUAACGGAUGAUGUACCUGUCUUUAUGGGACUUAUUGGUGAUUUAUUCCCCGCUUUGGAUGUACCACGUAAAAGGGAUAUAGAUUUCGAGAUAACAGUUAAAGAGUCUGCAGUUGAUUUAAAAUUGCAACCAGAAGAUGGUUUCAUAUUAAAAGUGGUUCAAUUGGAAGAAUUACUUAACGUUCGGCAUUCAGUUUUCAUCGUUGGCUUCGCGGGAACCGGAAAGACACAAGUUUGGAAAACACUGAAUCGAACGUAUUUCAAUCAGAAGCUGAAACCGUAUUACAACGAUCUGAAUCCGAAAGCUGUGACUAAUGACGAAUUGUUUGGUAUCAUUAAUCCGGCCACUCGAGAAUGGAAAGACGGAUUGUUUUCAAUGAUAAUGAGAGACCAAGCAAAUAUGACGGGAAAUGAUCCAAAGUGGAUCAUUUUUGAUGGUGAUAUUGAUCCCAUGUGGAUCGAAUCUUUAAAUACUGUCAUGGACGACAAUAAAGUAUUGACGUUAGCCAGUAACGAAAGAAUUGCAUUAACGAAUCAAAUGAGACUUCUUUUUGAAAUUUCUAACCUCCGAACGGCUACACCAGCUACAGUAUCCAGAGCUGGAAUUCUUUAUAUUAAUCCACAAGACAUCGGAUGGUACCCAUUUACAGUCAGCUGGAUAGAGACGAGAGAUCCUUCCGAGAGAGCAAAUUUGACGAUACUAUUCGACAAAUAUGUCCCGCCGUUGGUAGAAGUGAUGAAGCACAGAUUUAAAAAAAUCACUCCGCUGGCAGAUAUUUGCCACGUGCAAAUGCUUUGCAAUUUGUUAGAUUGUUUCCUUACGCCGGCAAACGUGCCACCAGACUGCCCGAAGGAAUGGCACGAAUUGUAUUUCGUAUUUGCUUGCAUUUGGGCGUUCGGAUCAGCAACCUUUCAAGACCAAUUAAUCGAUUGGCGAAACGAGUUCAAUAAAUGGUGGCAAAAUGAAUUUAAGACGAUCAAAUUUCCAGCUGGAGGGAAUAUAUUUAAUUACUUCAUUGAAGAAGAAACGAAAAAGCUGUUGCCUUGGACUGAGAAGGUGCAAACCUUCGAACUCGAUCCCGAUACACCUUUACAGUCCACUCUUGUGCCUACCGGUGAUACGGUGUACUUGCACUUCUUCCUGGACAUACUCAUCAAGAAAAGAGUACCAGUAAUGUUAAUAGGUGCCGCAGGUUCAGGGAAAAGUGUAAUCGUUGCUGAGAAAUUGAGUUCUCUUCCUGAUGAUUACAAGAUUGCAAAUGUGCCUCUUAAUUAUUACACCACUUCUGAAAUGUUACAAAGCAGCAUGGAAAAGUAUUUGGAAAAAAAGACAGGUAGAAAUUAUGGACCACCGGGUAUGAGCAAGUUAAUAUAUUUUAUCGACGACAUGAACAUGCCUGAAGUAGACACUUACGGCACUGUCCAGCCCCAUACGCUUAUUAGACAACAUAUUGACUACACUCACUGGUACGACAGAACGAAGCUGACUUUAAAAGAAAUCCACAACACGCAGUACGUAUCCUGUAUGAAUCCCACAGCAGGAAGCUUCACGAUAAACGCUCGUUUGCAAAGGCACUUCGCUGUUUUCGCAGUCAACUUUCCAUCCGAGGAUAAUUUAAUCAGGAUCUAUAGCCAAAUGCUGGAGCAACACCUAACGAAUCCUUUUAACAAAUUCAACGCGUCGCUAACAAACAUUUCGGAGUCCUUAUUAGCGGCAGCACUAUUCUGUCAUAAUAAAAUUUCAAGCACGUUUUUGCCGACUGCAGUUAAAUUUCAUUAUGUAUUCAAUCUACGUGAUCUUUCAAAUAUAUUUCAAGGUAUUCUCUUCGCUAAUGGUGAAACCGUACCGACACCGAACCAUUUAAUAAGAUUGUACGUCCACGAAGCAACGAGAGUAUAUUCUGAUAAAUUAAUCAACGCUGAAGACAAGAACACAUUUCAGCAAUUAUUGAAAGCAUCACUUCUGAAACAUAUAUCUGAAAUGGAUGAAAAUAUUAUAUAUUCUGAGCCAAUAAUAUUUUGCCAUUUCGCGGAGGGAAUCGGUGAACCGAAAUAUAUGCCAAUAAGAGAUUGGCAACAAUUGACAAAAUUGUUACAGGAAGCUUUAUAUAAUUAUAAUGAUCUGGUAUCAGCAAUGAAUUUAGUACUAUUCGAAGAUGCAAUGUACCAAGUGUGUCAAAUAAAUCGUAUUUUAGAAUCACCAAGAGGGAACGCUCUUCUGGUAGGGGUUGGAGGAAGCGGAAAACAGUCUCUUUCUUCUCUUGCAUCUUUUAUUGCAGGAUUAGAGGUUUUCCAAAUGCAAUUAAAAACAGGAUAUUCUAUAAAUGACCUCCGAACCGACUUAGCAGGUCUAUACUCGAAGGCAGGAUUAAAAUCAAUCGGAAUAACAUUCUUGAUGACUGAUUCUCACGUUGCCGAUGAAAGAUUCUUGGUCCUAAUAAAUGAUAUGUUGGCCUUCGGUGAAAUUUCAGAAUUAUUCCCGGACGAGGAUAUCGAUAACAUAGUGAAUGCUAUGAGAAAUGAGGUAAAACAAACCGGUAUGAUGGACACCAAUGAAAACUGUUGGAAAUUUUUCAUCGAUCGUGUUCGAAGUCGAUUAAAAUGUAUCCUUUGUUUUUCUCCUGUUGGUUCAACAUUACGGAACAGAGCCAGACAAUUUCCUGCGAUAGUGAACAAUACUUCGAUCAAUUGGGUACAAAGUUGGCCACUAGAAGCUUUGAGAUCGGUUUCCACUAGAUUCUUAGAAGAAUUAGAAGAACUUCCGAAACCAUAUAAGAAUUCAGCGUCCAUAUUUAUGUCGUUCGCACAUACCAGCGUCAACGAUAUUUCCGCAUUGUAUUUGCAAAACGAAAGAAGAUACAAUUAUACAACCCCGAAGUCAUUCUUGGAACAAAUCGCUUUAUAUUCGAAGUUGCUUAUAGAGAGAACUUACGAUAUAAAAGCAAUGAUAGAAAGAUUAAAGAGUGGUCUUGAAAAGUUGAAAUCCUGCGCUGGUCAAGUAAGCGAGUUGAGAGUUGUCUUAGCAGCUCAAGAAAUUGAACUAAAAAAGAAGAAUGAAAUUGCGGACAAAAUCCUUGCAGAAGUUCGGGCCGAAAACACUAAGGCUGAAGCUGAAAAAGCCAUUGUAUCCGCCGAAGAAGCUAAAAUAGCGGAAAUAAAAGAAACUGUAGCGGAGAGACAAAAACGAUGCGAUGAAGAUUUAGCGAAAGCAGAACCAGCCGUUCGACAAGCGGAAGCUGCUCUUGACACUCUGAAUAAAAAUAAUUUAACUGAACUGAAAUCCUUUGGAACACCGCCAGACCAAGUAGCAAUGGUAGCACAGGCUGUAUUAGUCUUGUUUGCUCCCAGAGGACAGAUCCCUAAGGACAGAAGUUGGAAAGCAUGUAAAGCAAUGAUGGGACAUGUUGACGGAUUUCUCUCGCAACUACGAAAUUACGACAAAGAAAACAUACAUCCUGAAAUCGUUAAAGCCAUUCAAGCCUACAUCAAUAACAAAGAAUUUGAUCCUGAGAUUAUUUAUUCAAAAUCUCAAGCGGCCGCUGGCCUCUGCAGUUGGGUCAGAAAUAUCAUGGUUUUCCAUUACAUUAACGAAACUGUGAAGCCACUGAGAGCUGCACUUGCGCAAGCUAAUGCCGAGCUUAAGGCUGCAAUGGACCACUUAAACGCUUUGAGAGCACGUUUAGCGGAACUACAAAAAGUGCUCGAUAUCUUGGGAGAAAGAAUGAAUACAGCGUUACAGGAGAAACAGAAAUGCCAGGAUGAAGCUGAUGCUACUGCAUUGACAAUUGAUCUUGCAAAUAGACUGGUCAAUGGAUUAGCUUCGGAAAAAAUUCGGUGGAAUGAAACCAUCGAAACGUUGAACGAUUCAAGAGAAACUGUGCCAGGUGAUGUUCUGCUUGUAACAGCAUUUCUUUCGUACAUGGGAUGUUUCACACGGAAAUAUAGGCACGAUUUAAUGAACGAAAAUUGGCUACCGUUUUUGGAGAAUUUGCAAGUAAAAAUACCAAGAUCCAAGGACCUAGACAUUUUGUCGCUGCUGUCUGAUGACGCACAAAUUGCCCAAUGGAACAACGAAGGACUGCCAACCGAUAAAAUGUCAUCUGAAAAUGCAACAAUAUUAAUGAAAUCCUCAAGAUGGCCUUUAAUGAUAGAUCCACAGUUGCAAGGAUUGAAAUGGAUAAAAAAUCGAUACGGAGAAGAAUUACAAGUGCUCAGGCUCACUCAACCGAAUUAUUUAAAUUUAAUUGAAAUUUCAAUUGCGAACGGGGGAACGGUUUUAAUUGAAAAUAUCAUGGAAGCAAUUGAUCCUGUAUUGGAUCCUGUUAUUAAGAGAGAUUUAAUAAAGAAAGGAAGGGCCAUCAAAAUCUGGGACAAGGAAAUCGAUUACGAUCACCGAUUUCGGCUGAUCCUGCAAACAAAGUUGGCAAAUCCUCAUUACAAGCCGGAGAUACAAGCGCAGACGACUCUUAUCAAUUUUACCGUAACGAAAGACGGUUUAGAGGAACAACUCCUAGGCGAUGUUGUCAAAGCAGAGAGGCCUGAUUUAGAAGCCAAAAAAGCUGAGUUGACCACGCAACAGAAUACAUUUAAAAUUACAUUAAAGGCACUGGAAGAUGAUCUUUUGCACAGACUAUCGACAGCAGGGCCAAAUAUUUUAAGCGACGUCGAUCUAGUGAUAAAUCUCGAGACUACUAAGAAGACAGCUGCAGAGAUACAAAUAAAGGUCGCCGAAGCUAAAGUGACAGCUGUGAAAAUUGACCAAGCUCGAGAAAUUUAUCGCACAGUGGCAUCCAGAGCCAGUCUUCUGUACUUCGUAUUGAAUGAUCUUAGCAAGAUAAACAUGCUCUAUCAGUUUUCGUUGAAAGCGUUCAGCGUGGUCUUCCAGAAUGCGAUUAAAUUUGCUGAAGAGGCGGACACGUUGCCAAAUCGUGUUGCACUUCUGAUCGACAGCAUCACGUAUUUAGUUUUCAUUUACACCAGCAGAGGAUUAUUCGAAAACGACAAGCUAACGUUCCUUUGUCAAAUGACAAUUCAGAUUUUCAUGCAAUCAGAAGAGAUAACGCAGUCUGAGCUCGAUUUUCUUUUACGAUUCCCGUAUAUACCUGACUUAAUCAGUCCGGUGGACUUCCUCACAAACGUUGGUUGGGGUGGGAUCAAAUAUUUGAGCCAAAUGGACGACUUUCGGAAUUUAGAGAAGGACAUAGAAGGCGCUGCGAAAAGAUGGAAAAAGUUCGUGGAAUCGGAGACACCGGAACGAGAAAAUUUUCCUCAGGACUGGAAAAACAAAACUGCUUUGCAAAGGCUCUGCAUUAUGAGAUGCCUUAGACUAGAUCGAAUGACUUAUGCACUUAGGUGUUUCGUAGAAGAAAAACUGGGUUCGAAGUUUGUAGAAUCUAGGUCUCCCCCUUUCCAUAAAUCCUUCGAGGAAACUAGUUCAAUUACACCUGUAUUUUUUAUUCUCUCGCCAGGCGUCGAUCCUCUGAAGGAUGUGGAAAAACUUGGAAAACAAUUAGGUUUCACGUUUGAAGGCAGAAAUUUCCAUAAUGUUUCAUUGGGUCAAGGUCAGGAACCAGUUGCCGAAGAAGCAAUGAUUGUUUCAGCAAAUGAAGGACACUGGGUGAUCUUGCAGAAUGUUCAUUUAGUAAAGAAAUGGUUACCUACGUUAGAAAAGAGAAUGGAACAGUUGUCAGAAAGUCCUCAUGAUGAUUAUCGAUUAUUUAUCAGUGCUGAACCCAGUCCAAAUCCUCGGGAAUCGAUAAUACCGCAGGGAAUACUGGAAUCAGCUAUAAAAAUCACAAACGAACCGCCAUCGGGAAUUCAGGCGAACAUUCACAAAGCAUUGGACAACUUCAGCCAAGAAACUUUAGAAUCCUGCAGCAAAGAAACGGAAUUUAAAGCCGUAUUGUUCGCGCUGUGUUAUUAUCACGCUGUACUUGCAGAACGUCGAAAAUUCGGAGCACAAGGAUGGAACAGGUCGUAUCCGUUCAAUUUUGGUGACUUGACGAUCAGCGUGUCCGUGUUGUUUAAUUAUCUGGAGAACAGUAUCAAAGUACCAUGGGAGGAUCUCCGCUAUUUGUUUGGGGAAAUAAUGUACGGUGGUCAUAUAACAGAUGACUGGGACAGGAGAUUAUGUAGAACAUAUUUAAUGGUAUAUCUGAAACCGGAAUUAGUUGAAGGUGAAUUAUAUUUGGCAUCUGAGUUUCUGGUGCCGCCUAACAGCGAUUACACAGCUUACCAUCAGUAUGUCGAUGAUUUCCUGCCUAGUGAAAGUCCAGUUCUUUAUGGUCUUCAUCCUAAUGCUGAAAUUGGAUUUUUAACAUCAACCGCGGAAAACUUGUUUAAAACGCUACUCGAAAUAUUAACGCAAACUGCGAGCGAUACAGAAGGAGAAAUAUCGAAAGAAGAUAAAAUGAAAGGUAUUUUAGAAGAUUUAUUAGAUAAAUUACCAGAAGAAUUCAAUAUAGCAGAACUUCAUGGCAAGGUUGAAGAUCGAACACCCUACGUUACAGUUGCAUUACAAGAAUGUGAACGAAUGAAUAUUUUAUGUGCAGAACUUAGAAGAUCUCUCAGGGAAUUGGAAUUGGGUUUGAAAGGUGAAUUAACAAUUAACGCUGAGAUGGAAGAUUUACAAAAUUACAUAAUGAUGGAUGCCGUUCCGCCAUCUUGGACUAAGCGAGCAUACCCUUCAAAUUUAGGAUUGAAUAGUUGGUUUGCGGAUAUGCUGAAUAGAAUGAAUGAAUUAUCGAAUUGGACUACUGAUUUUAGCUUACCAUCAUCGGUAUGGUUAGGCGGUUUUUUCAAUCCACAAUCGUUUCUAACUGCAAUUAUGCAGCAAACUGCGCGCAAAAAUGAAUGGCCAUUGGACAAGAUGUGUUUAUACUGUGAAGUUAUGAGAAAAUUUAAGGAAGAAAUCACGUCAGCACCAAGGGAAGGUGCUUACAUAAAUGGACUAUAUAUGGACGGCGCACGAUGGGAUACCCAAGCAGGAUGCAUCAUGGACUCUCGGUUUAAGGAAUUGCAUCCGCUGAUGCCCGUCGUUUAUAUUCGAGCAAUUACGCAAGAUAAGCAAGAUCUAAGAAAUAUAUAUGAAUGUCCUGUAUACAAAACUCGAUCUCGGGGGCCUACUUACGUGUGGACAUUUAAUUUAAAAACAAAAGAGAAAGCUGAAAAAUGGAUUCUUGCUGGAGUGGCUAUUUUAUUACAAAUCUGA